CAGCCUUGCAGCUUCAUCCGUUCUCUUUCUCUAGUACCCCGCCAUCGCCUCGAGUGCAGUAUGUCUACAACACUACCACUACCAGCCCUAAAAACAACAUCUAGGGUGUCCACACUACCGACAGAAGUGUUAAUUGAGAUAUUCUCACAUCUAGAAAAUCCCGAUGAGCCACAGCGUUCUCUCUGUUCCACAUGGCUUCCACUGAUGCAGGUUUGCCAGACGUGGAGAACUGUGGCCGAGAGACUCAUCUUCUCUAAACUUACAUAUCGCAACGAAAGACAUGAUCAUCGUCUGACUCGGCAGCUAUUGCGUCAUAUGCACAGCAAGCCCUACCUCUGGCGCUACCCCCAAUCUCUCCACAUGUCAACCUACACCGAAGAAGGCAACAAUCUCUGCGUUGAAAUGGCGCGAAAGGCAGCCGAGCAUAAGAGUCCUGUCCGCAAGGCAAAAUUCGAGAGCAUGGCGUUCCCAUGCAAUAUACCACUGCUUGAGAGCCUAAGCAAGUUUCCACUGGUUGAGCUGGACCUGUGUACCGUGCAACAGGGACUCCCUAUCCGCUUCAUCUUCGAGCUGUUUGACCUACUCACUCUCAAAACCCUGCGACUCAGACAUAUCGCGUGGUCAGAAUAUGUAAAUGACAAGUUGAUAGAGAUACGACCAUGGUCCGCAGCUGAGGGUAUCAAAUGCCCUAAAGUUGCGUGGCUCCGCCCUCAAAAUCAACCGAGAUCACCACGAGAGCUCGAGCAACUGCUCCCGUUCACCCGCCGCAGAACAGGAAACAUCACCAGCUUGACACUCGCCGUGCCAAUAGCAGACCCUGACGUCGCGGAGCUCCUGUUCCAGUGGCCACGCUGUCUCCGCGAAGUGGUCUUCUCUCACGUUCUUGACUCGCCCUACACGGAUAUCUACACUGCGUCGACCAUCGAAAGCCUACUAGCUGUACACCGACAGUCUCUGGAAAAGCUCGACAUUCCGGCGCUACCCUUUAACGGACUCCCCGAUAUGUCUACAUUUCCUGCUCUCAACAGCCUCCGCAUCCACAUCUCCUCGCUCCUCCCCCUCACCCCUCAAGAAGCCUGGCGCCACCUCGCAGCGCCCAAUCUCCACCACCUCACCAUCGACUUCACAGCUACAGUAUUUGAGCCCUCCACCUCUACCUGGAUCAAAAAAUUCUUCCACGGCGCCAACCUCCCGAGGCCCCUCCAUCUAACCAUGGAAUACACCUGGGCCUCCUGGCACGGCCCCUCUCCCACCUUCUUCCCCCCAGACCUCCAAGAAGAAACCCCUCCCAUAGCAUCCGACCACAACAUCGCCCUCAUCUACCGCACCCCCGCAGAGGAAUGCAUCCUGAGCAGGCCGCCCACGCCCGACUGGAAAGCGUCGAUCAGCCCCACCGCCAGAAUGAUCUGCGGCUGCAUACCGCACUUUCGCGCCGUCCCCGAAGGUGUCCCCUUCGAGUGGAUCGCCAACGAUCUCGGCAUCGCAGUCGCGGAGGUUGCCUUGGCGGGGCCGCAGCUUUUCAGUACGAAGCUGGUUUAUUCGGUUGGUGAUCGGGACAUGUGGUCUUACUAGAUUCCAUUUCUUGGAUUUUGGUUCGUUCGUUGCUGUUUUGAUGACACUUUUCUUUGACUAAACGCUUGAUUGCACUCCUUGUUCUGAUUCGUCUCGUGUGAAUUUUGUUUACACAAAUAGCAUUCAUAUAUCGAGAGAUCCAGUUUGUCUUGAUAUUUAUUCUAUUGGCAUAUCACUACAGCUGGAUAGGUGAUUUACAAGGAGAUUUCUUCCGUGCAGUGACUGCAAGCGCAACUACUCAAACAUGUGACUUUCAGCACUUGCAGGGUCUUUUUCUUAUAUUAUACUAUUUCGCAUUGUCAUAUCUUCUCGCAACUUGCAACCUCUAACUACGACCUUUCUCAUACAUUCAAGACCAUCAAUUAUCAUCGGUUAGGACUGUUUUCACCGCUUGUUUCACUGAUUCCACUACUACUCUAUUUCUAUUUGUUACCGCCUCAGGUUGUUACUAGAGUUGCGCGCUGGGCGCAUUCCUUCCAGAAUCAUGCUUUUGUUUCAUUCUCUUGGUGGUGCCGUAGUAGCACUACGUCACUAUUCUUUGGCUGCUCUAUCAAUGUCUUCUAUACAGGGUGAAC